GUCAUAAUCAUCCUGCUUUGCUAAAAUACUACUAUAAUACUAAUAAUACUACAAUACUGUAGGUCUGUGAUUAAACACCCAAACGUUCCUUCAGCUUGUUGUUGUCUGUUCUCUGUGCUCUUCAUCACUGGAGGAGGAGAAAACCGCGUCGUGUUCUGACCAGAAACAGGAAGUUCUCAUCACAUUCAGCUCCGAUGCUGUCAGACGUUAACAGACAUCAUGAAGGUCACACUGUGAGUACUGAAUCUGCCUCUGUUCUGACUGUAAUAAACCUCUGACCUCUCUCUCCAGUGAUGGAUGCGCUGGUGCUGCUCUCAUGUUUAACCUGUGCUGCAGCUUUUGACAUCGUUCCCUCCAAACUUCAGCUCUUUGAAUAUGAAUCAGUGUCGUUCUCCUGUCUGGGCUUUAAUGCCUCUGCUGGAUUCAAGGUGAUGAACAUGAAGCAGUCGAUCCCGUGCUCAGACCUCGACUGCACCAUUAAAGUGUCCCUGGUGUCAGACAGUGGAGAAUACUGGUGUGAAGGUGGAGGAGAGAGGAGCCGCUCCGUCAGCAUCACCGUCACUGCCGGACCCGUGGUGCUGGAGAGUCCGGUCCGUCCUGUGAUGGAGGGAGACGACGUGACUCUGAGCUGCAGGAGCAAGAUGGCGUCCUCCAACCUCACAGCUGCCUUCUACAAGGACGGCGUCCUGAUCACGAGCAGCUCCACAGGAACCAUGAGCCUCCACAGUGUGUCCACGUCUGAGGAGGGACGUUACAGAUGUGGCACUGGAGCAGGAGAGUCAGCAGAGAGUCCGCUGAGGCUCACAGAGCGGAGGCCGAACGUCGAUGACUCCAGAACAAAAGGUGACGACUCAACUGUUCACAAAGACGCGACAGCGUCUCCCACACUGACUCCAUCUUCUGCUGACGUCCACCUCCUGCUGUGGGUCAGCGCUGCUGCCGUGGUGGUUCUGGAGCUGCUGGUGAUUGGGCUGCUCUGCUGCAUGAAGCGUCUGGUUCCACUGAAGCUGCAGAUGACGCAUCCAAACAAAGGCCUGAGUACGAAAAGCAACGGUGGAGCAGACUCGACAGGCGCUGAUGAUUGUUUGAGUCUGAGCCUGAUGACGAACCACAGCUUGAAACCACGCGGUGGAGAAGAGUCAGGAGUUUCCAGCUUCCAGUGCUCAGACGGUGCUGCUGUCAUGGAGGUCACAGAAAACAGAGCAACAAACUGAGCGAUGCAGUCGCACAGUGAUGCUGAGAACGUGGCAGUAAAUGCAUCCCAUUCUAACGUGGCAGCAGUUGUUUAGAAUGAGCUCUGCAUCGUGUACCGGCGCCUCCUCACCACCAGGUGUCCUCAGCUGCUGUGUGAAGAUCCUGGUUUAAACGUAGUUAAUCAGAUUCUGGUAUAUUUUCAGGCUUUUGUUUCUUCUCCACCAAAUGUCCAGCAGCGGAGGUUAGUUCUGCUGUGAGGUGAAACUUUUACAGUGAUUCUGUUUGAUACAUUUGUUUUGUCUGUUAUUUGCUUCUAAGUGACUUUUCUCUGUAUACGUUUCUCUGAAGUAACAGCUCAUGUUGUGGUUCUGACCUCCAGCCUUGGGGCGUCUGUGUUGUUCUGUCUUGUCUUCCUCUGGUCUUACAUCACUUCCUGUUCCAUCACAUUGACCUGCUGUGUUUUAAGGCCAUCACCGUUCUCUUCUGUUAAGCGUCAGCGUCAUUGAGCUUCAUGUCUUCCUGCUCUGUGAACGUUCUGUCAUUUACACAGUAAUUUGUUCCCACUCUGUCCCACUAUGUUUCGGAUUCUGCAUCGCAGUGUUGUACCUGCCUCAUGCAGUGCAAAAAAAGAAAAUAUAUAUUGAUUCUGAAAACAUAUAUUUAUUGUAUUUACCAUUACAAAUAUGCUGAGCUUUACUCUAAUAUACAGUAAAUGACAUAAAUAUAUCCGAUAAUAUUGAUUUGAUGUAAAAUAAAGUAUUUUAUUUGUUUAUUUUAUUAUUUUUAAUAUUAUAUUUUAUACCAUAAUAAUAAUACGUUUUUCAAAGGUCUGUUUAUUCAAUAUAAACUAAUCAGAUUGUAAUAAAUGUCUUAUCUAUAUAUGUUAAUAAACUGGAUCAUAUGAGUCUU